UCUCGACAAGCCUAGGCCAAUAUUUGUGGACCUUGGAAUGACAGUCACUUCCGUCCAUAGCUGUACUCCAUCUAGUCACAACCCGCAGAGACUGCUAAGUGGAGUUUGCCUGGCGUCACCGUCAACUGGGGCUGCAGGAAUGACGGACAAUAUUCCUUUACAACCAGUAAGACACAAAAAAAGACACGACAAUAAAAACAGGAAUGGGUGCUGCCCGUGGUCGAGGUGCUGCGGCAUGGGGGACUUCCGGCCGAGGACAGUGUGGCUGGGCCACCCAGAGAAGAGGGAGCAGAGGUACCCCCGGAAUGUCAUUAACAACCAGAAGUACAACUUCUUCACCUUCCUCCCAGGGGUGCUGUUUAAUCAGUUCAAGUACUUCUUCAACUUGUACUUUCUGCUCCUGGCGUGCUCUCAGUUUGUCAAUGAGCUCAGGCUAGGUGCUCUGUACACCUACUGGGUUCCUUUGGGAUUUGUUUUGAUCAUAACCAUCGUGAGAGAAGCAGUUGAGGAGAUCCGAUGUUAUUGUCGAGACAAAGAAGUGAAUUCACAGAUCUACAGCAAGCUCUCAACAAGAGGCACUGUGAAGGUGAAAAGUAGUGGCAUUCAAGUCGGAGACCUCAUAAUUGUAGAAAAGAACCAGCGAGUUCCUGCUGACAUGAUCUUCUUAAGGACCUCUGAAAGAAACGGCUCCUGCUUCUUGCGUACUGACCAGCUGGAUGGAGAGACGGACUGGAAACUACGCCUCCCAGUGGCCUGUACUCAGAGACUGCCCACUGCUGCUGACCUUCUCCAGAUCAGAUCCUAUGUGUAUGCGGAGGAACCAAACAUUGACAUCCACAACUUUAUUGGCACUUUCACCAGGGAGGAUGGAGACCCUCCAGUCAACGAGAGUCUCAGUAUUGAGAAUACCCUGUGGGCCAGCACUGUCAUCGCCUCUGGCACUGUGGUGGGAGUUGUUAUCUACACAGGCAAGGAGCUCCGGAGUGUGAUGAACACCUCAAACCCAAGGCACAAGGUUGGCCUCUUUGACCUGGAAGUGAACUGUUUGACCAAGAUUCUGUUUGGGGCUCUGGUGGUGGUGUCUCUGGUCAUGGUGGCCCUCCAACACUUUGCCGGCCGUUGGUAUCUGCAGAUCUUCCGCUUCCUACUGCUUUUCUCCAACAUCGUCCCCAUCAGCUUGCGUGUGAACCUGGACAUGGGCAAGAUGGUGUUCAGCUGGAUGAUCAGAAGAGACUCUAAGAUCCCAGGUACGGUGGUCCGGGCCAGCACUAUACCUGAACAACUGGGACGCAUCUCCUAUCUGCUCACUGACAAAACAGGAACUCUCACCCAGAAUGAGAUGGUGUUCCGUCGCCUCCAUCUUGGAACGGUGGCCUAUGGAAUGGACUCCAUGGACGAGGUGCAGAGCCACGUGUUCAGUGCCUACACACAGCCCUCUCACGACGCCCCAGCAUCCAGAGCUCCGGCGGCUACUAAGGUUCGUAAGACCAUCAGCAGCCGUGUGCAUGAGGCGGUGAAGGCCAUCGCCCUGGUGCACUGUGUGACGCCCGUGUACGAGGCCAACGGUGUGACGGACCAGGCCGAGGCAGAGCAGCACUAUGAGGACACCUGUAGGGUUUACCAGGCCGCCAGCCCAGACGAGGUGUCGCUGGUGCAGUGGACUGAGAGUGUUGGACUGACCCUGGUCGGACGGGACCACAACUCCAUGCAGCUGAGGACUCCUAGUGGACAGAUCCUGAACUUCACCAUCCUGCAGAUAUUCCCCUUCACCUAUGAGAGCAAGCGGAUGGGAAUCAUAGUUCGAGAUGAGUCUACAGGAGAGAUUAGCUUCUACAUGAAGGGUGCAGAUGUGGUGAUGGCUGGCAUCGUCCAGUAUAACGACUGGCUGGAAGAAGAGUGUGGGAAUAUGGCCAGGGAAGGUCUGAGGGUCUUGGUCGUUUCCAAGAAGUCUCUAACAGAGGAACAGUACCAAGACUUUGAGGCCCGAUAUAUCCAGGCCAAGCUGAGUGUGCACGAUCGGUCUCUGAAGGUUGCCACGGUGAUUGAGAGCCUGGAGAUGGAGAUGGAGCUGCUGUGUCUGACGGGGGUAGAAGACCAGCUUCAGGCUGAUGUACGGCCCACCCUGGAGAUCCUACGCAAUGCAGGCAUCAAGGUGUGGAUGUUAACUGGAGAUAAGCUGGAAACAGCCACGUGCACAGCUAAGAACGCCCAUCUGGUGACCCGCAACCAGGACAUCCACAUCUUUAGAUCGGUGACGACGCGAGGAGAGGCCCACCUGGAGCUCAACGCUUUCCGGAGGAAACACGACUGUGCCCUGGUCAUAUCAGGGGACUCACUGGAGGUGUGUCUGAAGUUCUAUGAGUACGAGUUUAUGGAGCUGGCGUGUCAGUGUCCUGCUGUGGUGUGUUGCCGCUGCGCUCCAACCCAGAAGGCCCAGAUAGUCCGGCUGCUGCAGGAGCGCACAGGCAAACUCACCUGUGCUGUAGGGGACGGAGGAAACGAUGUCAGCAUGAUCCAGGAAGCCGACUGUGGCGUGGGAGUGGAGGGCAAAGAAGGGAAGCAGGCAUCGCUGGCUGCCGACUUCUCUGUGACUCAGUUCAAGCACUUGGGCCGACUCCUCAUGGUCCACGGGCGGAACAGCUACAAAAGGUCUGCCGGCCUCUCCCAGUUCGUCAUCCACCGGAGCCUGUGCAUCAGCACCAUGCAGGCUGUGUUCUCCUCUGUCUUCUACUUUGCCUCUGUCCCCCUCUACCAAGGAUUCCUCAUUAUUGGCUACUCCACCAUCUACACCAUGUUCCCUGUGUUCUCCCUCGUGUUGGAUAAAGAUGUGAAGUCAGAAGUAGCCAUGCUCUAUCCCGAGUUAUAUAAGGAUCUCCUGAAGGGUCGACCUCUGUCCUUUAAGACAUUUCUGAUAUGGGUCCUAAUAAGUAUUUAUCAAGGCAGUAUCAUCAUGUAUGGGGCGUUGCUGCUGUUUGAGUCAGAGUUUGUCCACAUCGUAGCCAUCUCCUUCACCUCGCUGAUCCUCACGGAGCUGCUGAUGGUGGCGCUCACCAUCCAGACAUGGCACUGGCUCAUGAUCGUAGCCGAGCUGCUCAGUCUGGCCUGCUACAUCGCCUCGCUCGUCUUCCUGCACGAGUUCAUAGAUGUAUAUUUCAUCGCCACGCUGUCGUUCCUGUGGAAGGUGACGGUCAUCACCCUGGUGAGCUGUCUGCCCCUCUACAUCCUCAAGUAUCUGCGCAGACGCUUCUCACCGCCCAACUACUCAAAGCUCACCUCCUAGAGAGCCCUGCUUCUGUGCAUAGGGGGGAGAGAGAUCUCUGCUCGCACACCUCCCUACCUCUCAUCUAACAGAGCCUGUGCUUUAUAAGAACCUCAAGGGUUCCCUUCCCCUUUAAUUUAUUCUUAAAUGUUUAUGUGCAAUUGGAAGAGCUGGUGUGGGAACGAAAAAAACAAGUUUGAUUUGAGAAGAGAGAAAGUUGUUGUGUAAGUUUCCCCUGUUUAGAUGUAAAGACUGACAAGUAUGACUGGGUAUGUUUCCAGACUGAUUGGCUUGGUGGUUACCGUAACUGGAAUUCUGUGUUUUAUCAUGGUCACAGGUCUAAAAUGUGUGAAUGCCAUCAGGAAGUAUGUGCCAUAAUGAACUAACAGAGGGCUGUGUACUUCUUAAUCAUGGACUCAUUAACAAUAUAGAUCAGGUUCGGUAUCUAAACAUCGGGCCUAGAGAACUAACAAGGUACACUUGAUUGGAUUUGACUAACAUACAGUACAUAAAAGAGCAACACAAGCAUGUCAGUCUGAAAUGCAUUGAAUUGGUAUUUAUGUUUAAAUUGUACAUUAUAAGAGUAAUUGUAGUUAUAUUGGAAAUAUAGUGUGAAAUACACUGGAAUCAACAUUUUUAAUAUCCACCGUUUUUUUUUUUUUUUACACACAUCAACAUAAUAGUUGUAUUACAAAUUCAAAUGUUUUUUUUAUGGCACAUUCUGUUAAUGGAGACCACUGGUAUUGAAGUAGCGUUGCUCAAGGACUUGUUGCAAUUUUAUGUUAACAGUUGUGGGGCUUAGAGAUGAACCUGUGCACUGAUCAAAUUCUGUUUGUGUAUGUGUUUGUGCGUCACCCAACGACUAUUACCCAGCCAAGUGGAGGUGGCUUGGUUCUUUUAGUAUAGCAUGCUGACCCACUGUCUCAGAUGUCAAAAGCUGUGUCUUUGUCAUUUUGUACGUUUGGUAAAAGAGAUUGUGUCUAAACUGAAGAGCAUGGUCAAUAUUCAGCCACUAACUGGAUGCUAUUUGUAGCCAAGCCGUAUGUUCCACUUUGGCCGUCAGACUAGCUGUGCGUCCGCUAGGCCAGGGAGUCUGUAGGCUACCCUGUCACGUGGUCACUGCCCACUCCUGACGCCAGUUCUUGCCACCCUGUAUCAUUGCAUGAUUCACUUUAGUUGUGACAUGAAGCCAAUUCAAGCCAUAGCUGAAAAUACUCUGACCACUGUCCGUCUGCCCUCUCCCCUCACCCAGAGCUCCCACAAUUCCCAGUUCUUCUCUUCUCACAGACAUGUCUGGAAUAGAAGAUAACAAUGUUCACCUGCACAGAGUGAAUGGCCCAGUAGAAUGUGUUGAUUUUCAAUAGGUAUUAGUGCACAUUUUAAAGAAAAAUAUGUAAUGAAUUCCUCACAUACUAUUCCUCUGGAAGAGGAGGAGAAAGGGAAGAGAGACGACUGGUACAAAAAAGUGUAAAUAAUUACAUUGUGUUGUAGGCUAAUGUCCCCAUUUUAUAUUAUUUUCGCUAAUGUAUUAUAAAGAUGUAAACUAAUACCAUGACGGGUUACUGUUAGGAUUAGUGAAUCAUUUGUGUCAGAGUACAUACAGGGUGUCAUAACUACUAAUUCAUUGUUUUUCUUGUUCAGUUGGAAUUACAGGCAUUUUGUAUUUUGUGACCUACUCUUCGUCUUUCCUUAUUUUAGUUGACGUUUCAACCAUUAUUCAAAGCCUUUGAAUUUGACAUGCUUUUUUUGUUGUUGCAAGGAAUUUUGUUAAAACUGACAGCUGUACUCUUUUCUUAUGUGGACUUUGGAGGUUUCAUACCAUUAAUUGUGGUAGAAUGACACUACAUUCUUUGACUGUUUUUUUUAAAAGUAUUGUGUCUUGCAUAAUUGUAAAUAACCUGUUUAAUUUAUUAACCUUGAUCAUUUUGUGUUGGUAUAAUUGCACUCUAGUUAGCAGAACAAAAAGGGAGGAUCGUGUUGAAUUGUGAAUAUUGGUGGUGAUAAAAUAAAUCUUGUGUUUUCCUUUCUA